AUGUUCUUUCAGCGUCUGUGGCGCCGCUGUAUGAGGCCACUCCCGCUGCGAGCCCGAUUGUCCGCCUGGAGAGCUGCUCCACCAGAUGCUGCGGUGCCGCCAACCUCUCCAACUCUCGUCCGCCCAGCUGGUCGCGUCGUCAUAACCGUCGUCCUGGAUGCUGGUCGCCUCCUUCACGGACUCUGGCUUCUCCUCGAGUCUGGAUGCUUGUGCACGUUUAACUCGAAGCUCGGGUCCCUCCCCUCGAUGCUCCUGAAGCUCUGGUCCAGACUGUCGGCGACGAUCCGGCCCCGCUGGGCGUAG